AGAGUUUCAAAUAAAAUGUAUUCUGAUUCUGUUUUGUGUUCUCUUUGUAGGUGCAAGAACAAGCUAUACCCCGAUAAUCUUCCUCGUACCAGCGUGGUGAUUGUAUUUCACAACGAGGCGUGGAGCACACUGCUGCGCACCGUCCACUCCGUCAUCGACCGCUCUCCACACACUCUGCUGGAGGAGAUUGUCCUGGUGGACGAUGCCAGCGAGAGAGAUUUCCUGAAGCGGCCCUUGGAGCAGUACGUCAGGAGGCUGGAAGUCCCGGUCAGAGUGGUGAGGAUGGAGCAGCGGUCUGGUCUUAUUCGCGCUCGUCUUAAGGGAGCGUCGCUCUCCACGGGCCAGGUCAUAACCUUCCUGGAUGCUCAUUGUGAAUGCACAACAGGGUGGCUGGAGCCUCUGCUCGCCCGCAUCAAGCAAGACAAGAGUACGGUGGUGUGCCCCAUCAUCGAUGUGAUCAGUGAUGACACGUUCGAGUACAUGGCGGGAUCCGAUAUGACGUACGGGGGCUUCAACUGGAAGCUCAACUUCCGCUGGUACCCUGUACCGCAGAGAGAGAUGGACCGCCGCAAAGGAGACCGCACGCUGCCAGUCAGGACCCCCACCAUGGCAGGCGGCUUGUUCUCCAUAGACAGAGAUUAUUUCCAGGAGAUCGGCACUUAUGACGCAGGCAUGGACAUCUGGGGAGGAGAAAACCUGGAAAUCUCUUUCAGAAUUUGGCAGUGCGGUGGGACUCUAGAGAUUGUCACAUGCUCUCACGUGGGCCAUGUGUUCAGAAAGGCAACUCCCUACACGUUUCCUGGAGGAACGGGACAAAUCAUCAACAAAAACAACCGACGCCUGGCAGAAGUCUGGAUGGAUGAAUUUAAAAACUUCUUCUACAUCAUCUCCCCUGGUGUGACCAAAGUGGACUACGGUGACAUCACGUCUCGCACGGGUCUGAGACAAAAGCUCCAAUGUAAACCCUUCAGCUGGUACCUGGAGAACGUCUACCCCGACUCUCAGAUCCCCAGACACUAUUACUCCUUGGGAGAGAUCCGUAAUGUGGAGACCAACCAGUGCCUGGACAACAUGGCCCGAAAGGAGAAUGAGAAAGUCGGCAUUUUCAACUGCCACGGCAUGGGAGGCAACCAGGUUUUCUCUUACACGGCCAAUAAGGAGAUCAGGACAGACGACUUGUGUCUCGACGUGUCCAAACUGAACGGACCCGUCAUGAUGCUCAAGUGCCAUCACCUCAAAGGCAACCAGCUCUGGGACUACGACCCUGUGAAGCUGAGCCUGAUCCACGUCAACAGUAACCAGUGUCUGGACAAGGCCAACGAGGAGGACAGCCAGGUGCCCUGCGUCAAAGACUGCACACACACACGCUCCCAACAGUGGCUGCUGCGCAACGUCACACUACCGGAAGUCUUCUGACCACACUCCGCACACUCCCAAACACACACACUCAUACACACAGCGGCCCAGAGUGAGCAAUCAGGGGAACAGACGUGUUUAUUAUUACAUUCGGGCACAAGGAAAGUAAAGACUUCCCACGAGGGGAUUCGCGAAGAGAGGAGGACGCAUUGGACGGUACUACCUCUGCCAGAGAUCAGAGGGAGGAGCGUGUUUGACCCUCCUCAGAGCGAGAGAAGAGGAAAGACUCCCUCUAGGAGACGAUGGCUGUUGUUUUACAUUUGUUUUUUGUUUUUUUAAAGAGAAUUUAAACUGAAGAGAGUGACUCGCUCGCUGGGCGCGGAUAUGAGACCAGUGGAGAGGAGGUUUUCACUCACAGCUUCAAUGGACACAGCAGUCCACCCUUCAACUCACCACGUUUACUGACUGACUGACUGACUGACUGACUGACUGACUGUGUGUGUGUGUGUGUGUGUGUGUGUGUGUGUGUGUGUGUUGUGUGUGUGUGUGUGUGUGAGAAUGUGUGUGUUCUCUGAGAUGAAUGUAUGCUUUUGAGAAGGGGGCUGAAUGCCUUUGUUGAUUUUUUUUAAUUAAUUUAGUAAAGGAUUUUGAAAAUGAACGACUAUGAAGAAGAGCGCAUUUGAGUGUGUGUGCGUGCGUGUGUGUCAGAGCCCCUCCUACAGUAUUGCAGCAGUGAAUGUCUCCCUCUGGUGUUACUCCUCGGCUUCUCAUCCUACAGACUGAAGCUUCCCCGCUGAGGAAUUUUGACGGGACUGCACAAACUGAAAAAAGGAAAGGACCCGACGUCUGCCAUCCGCAGAGAUCUAGAGAUAGAAAUAUGAUGUUUGUGAUAUCUUGAGAUUUUUAUGUCAAGUUUUUACAUUGCUUUGUCCUGUGAGAGUGCCACAGAGCAGUAACCCUAGUCUGUCUGUCGUCUUUAAAGAUGUUUAACAUAGAGCUUACAUACAGUACACACACACAGAACAGUAACUGAUAUUCACUGCCUUAUGUAGUGUUAAACUAUAGGAAAUGUCCCAUAAGGCACUACAUAGACACACACACAUCCUGUAUACAUAUAGGAAAAGGUGGCUCUAGCCUGAUACUUUAAUCCAUUUUGUCAUAUCUUCUUCUCAAUGACCUCUUAAAAAAUACACUCCAAGGGCUUCUUUCCUCCAGUGGAGUGUGUGGAUAGAUGGAUGGAUGCGUGUGUGUGUGAUUGAGAUUGAGGGUAUGUCUUCAGUACUAAUCCCCUGUCCAUCAGAUCCCUGUUUACCAGAACAAACAGCUCUCAGAUUCCUCGCUGUUGGACAAACAGCCUGUAGCGUAGACUGACGUCAGAUCAGCGUGUCCCUGCGUCUGUUGUACAUAAGAGCAGAAGCUGCUUUUAUUUUCUAAACAGAGCCGAGUCUCUGCACUCUCCCGGGGACAUAUCUGCAGCAGGAAAGGAAGCCUGGAAAGCGGUUGUUAGAAUAUCAAAGAGACGUCGCUGAGGUGUUAGCAGACUUAAUCAGGGACAGAUUAAUAAUUGUGGAGCAUUGAAGGGAGUGUGGAGUUGAACUGUGGAUUACAGAGAGCACAGCAGCGGCAGCAGGCAUAUCUUAAUCCAUUACUACAUAUCUCACUGUGCAAAUUCACCCGCAGUAUUUCACUAUUCAUAUCUCAGUCAGCCAGACAGCUGAGCGCUUACAUCAGUGUGUCUUUUUUCAACCAUCAUGCUUUCUUUAUUCUGUUUCUUUGUAUCACUCCUGCGAGUCAGAGCAGGAGAGGCGGUUUCAUAAAGGUUUUCACCAUUUGAGCUUCCUCCAGUGGAGGAGGGUUUACACAUAGGACACUGGAUCAUCUUCGUUGUUGACAUGGUGGUGAGAGGAGGCUGUCGACUGAUUUUAUUUCUGAGCGAGUGACUGUAUGGGAAAGAUGUGAAAGGUUUUUUUGAUUGUGCGACAGAGGGUGUGUAACGAUGUUCAGAUUCUUUGGGGGGGGUUGAAGUUACACUGACAUGUCCAGGCUUCCACACUGAGCUGAUCCAAAUGUAGAAAAUAAAGGUGAAAAGUUUACAGAAUAAUA